AUGGCCCCCGCGCCGCUGCUCGCCGCCGCCUGCCUCGCCUGCACCCUCGCCAUGUUCGGCACCGGCCUCUCCGACCUGCGGCAGAUGCUGGCGACGCAGAGCGUGGAGAACAUCCAGUUCCUGCCCUUCCUGGCCACGGACGCCAACAACCUGGGCUGGCUGGGCUACGGCUGCCUCAAGCGGGACCCCACGCUGGUGGCGGUGAACGCGGUGGGCGCCGCGCUCAACACCCUCUGCGUCCUGGUCUACCUGCGCUACAGCCCCCACAAGCGCCGGGUGCUGCUGCGGAGCCUGGCGCUGCUGGCGCCGCUGGCCGCCGGCUACGGCUACGCGUGCCGGUACCGACCCCCUAUGGACCCCGCACAACCGGGUCAGGACCGGUACCGACCCUCCCAAGCAGCCCCCGGUACCGACCCCCUCUAG